UAGUUAUCUAUUAGACAUGAAGGAGGUGAGACCUCUUCUCUUUGCUUUAGCUGCAGCUGUAGUUAGCAGCACUCAUGCUAUAUGCCCCUGCUCUAUUCAGUCUGGUAGACUUACUUGCUCGGAAGGACUAGUAAACAACUUUCCAGAAGAUUUACUGGCAGAAGGGUGCACCCUUGAUUUUGAUUCUGUAUGGGCAUUAGAGAUUAAAAACCAGCCCUUGCGCAUUUUAAAGGACAAUGCUUUUGCAAAGUUUUCUAACCUGCUUCAGAUUUCAAUGCCGUUCAACCAAAUUGAGUUUAUUCAGAGGGAUGCCUUUGCUGGUCUAAGUUCUGUAACUGGACUUAUUCUUGAAAACAAUGCCAUUAUGGAAAUUCAAAAUGGAGCCCUGGAUCAUUUGAUAAAUUUAAAGUUUAUAGACCUUCGGGGAAACCCAAAGCUAGAAAGGUAUACAACAACAUCUUGGCAUUUCUGUGAGUUAGCUGAUAUGAAUGAACUUUCUUUGUCCGACAUAGAUGUGUACAAGCAGUUUGAACAAAGCUCAUUAACCCCAAAUUAUUGUACAACUGUGAACAACUUUCAUUUGGAAUCUUGCGAAAAAAAUGGAGAGACUCUUGACUGUUCUAACCUGAUUGGACUUGGAGAUUCACCCUGCUACAUGAGUCAUAUGAAUUUUACCCAUAUCCUAUUUAACUUUCCAGCUGAUUUGGAGCCAAGCACUGUGGAUAACUAUUAUGAAGGAGAAUCAAACAAAUUUUUCCAAGAUUUUAAUUCCCAAAAUGGAUCAUUUGAGCACAUAAAAUAUAUAGAUAAAUUCACACUUUAUGAAACAAAAUUUGAUCUCAGUCUUCUUAAGGACUACACCACUUUCCGAACUAAAGAAGUAACCAUCAAAGCAGAUACAAUUUACACAUCCAAGCCAAUAACCAUUAAUCAUAAGCUUAAUAUUCAGGCUAGAGUUGUUUCAUUGUCAUAUCCAAUAACAAUGAACAUGACCAAGGAAAGUUUUCUGAAUAAUAAAAAUUUGGAAGCCUGGGCGGCUAAGGAGGAAUUUUACCAUGUUGGAAAAGUUCUGAUGAAUAAGAGGAGCUAUGGGCUAUUGACCAUUCUGCAGAAUGUAAAUCAACUUGUAGGCAUCCAGGGAAAUUCAGUUUGUCAACCAGACAUUAUUUCAGUAGAAGGAUCAGGAUUAGACAUAGCAUCUUGGUAUGACACAACUCUUGUAAAUCUUAACUAUGUUUGUGCCCGCACUCUUCUGAACAAGCAGCGAAAUCCAAAACUUGUAGACAACAUCUCCACAUUCAUGCUUGGCUAUGUUUAUAAUGAUACAAUUGUAAAUAAAAGGGAGACCUUUUUAGCAGCACAAAAGUUUAAGAAGUUGCUUGAGCUGAAUUCAGUAAGUAAUGUGCACAAUGUUCCAAGUUAUUCUGUGGAUACAAUUUCUGACUUAGCAAGUAUUAUGCAUAGCAGUAUGCUAGAUUAUAAAUUGAAUGAACUCCAACAAGAAAGUAAUUUGUUCAGUACUAGUGGUAGAGUCCAAGAUAUGAAAAUCCAAUUUGAAAUAAUUGAACAACAACAACAGAUGUAUUUUGAAAUGGAAGCGUCUAUUUUGGAUGCUAUUUGGGCAUCUGCUGAUAACAAUUGGAACUUUAGUUUUGAGCAUAGGAAUGGAAUUGAGGACCAGAUUGGAGGGUCUCUGAAUGAUAUACAAAGCCAAAUGUAUGAAAUGCAAAAGAAUGAGUUAACCAGAGCAUUGAAAGCUGCUGAAGACUCUCUUGCUCAUAUAGAUGCGGUCAUUGAAAAGUAUCAGACGCAGGUGGAGAGACUAGGUCUAAUGACAAAGGCAUCUCUUGAUGUACAGACCACACUUAUUGAAAGACUACAAGAGAAUUCUCAGACAAUGAGUGUUGAAUUUGAUAAAUUUGAAAUUGCCAUUGAACAGUGGAAGCAUGAACAAGAGGUUAAAGCUGUUUGGGGUAUCUUUAAGGCAAUGCUUAGUUUUGGAAUUGGGUUGGCUACAGGUAAAUUUGAACCUGAAGACAUUGCAGAUGCCAUUGAUGCCAUUAUAGAAAUAGAAGAGUUACUGAUAGAACUGAUUUUUCUGAUUGACAGUUGUAAUGAAAUCCAAGAUAUGAUAGAAGAUAUGGAUUUAGAUGACCUGGCAGAUAUUGAUAUAAACCUGAGUACAAGCUUCAAAGAUGUACUACAGACAGCAGUAGAUAUGAAACUUAAAGGGUCAGAUUUUGAUGAAAUAGAAAGAACUGCAACUAUCAAAAUUGAUGCUAUGAAUCAGGCAACAGAUUUUGAAAUUGAAGGUGCAGAUGAUGUUAUGAUGGCCUGUACAAGUGUGUCUGAUGUUGGGCAUCAGUUGAUCAUUGAAGCCUCUGACUUUGCGAAUAUAAUGCUUCAACUAGCUGAGAGAAAUGAUGAACUAGCUGUUGCUAAAGAAGACAAAAACAGAACCAUUGCAGAGAUUGAAUAUAUCCAAGAAAUGAUUGAGACCCUGCUGAAAGAACAGGAGGAGUUUGAAAAGAACCGUGAUGAGUCAAGAAAUGACUAUGAAAAUCAACUAAAGGACAUGGAAGAACGCUAUGCCAAUAUGACACAGGAGCUAAGAGAAGAAUACAGAAAAAAUAUAACGGCUUCCUUUGCCAAAUUUAAAGACAAUUUUAAAGGAAUUGCUGAGGCUUACAAUAACCAAAUCUAUUCCCUUAUGGGAGGUAUUCAUAAAAAAUUGUAUGGUCUUAAAGAACAUAGCAUGAAUCAAAGAGCAAUGAUAAUGAACUUGUUUAUGGAGUACUGUGAUGCAGAUUUCUAUCAUACAUUUACCCCCUGUGAUGACCAUGGCCUACCUUUCAUGUCUGAUGAAAUAGACAUUAUUUUACGGAAACUAAAUGAUAUUCAGUGGAACUCUGUCACUGCAAAUGAGAAUAUUGAUGGGACUCCGAUAGAAUUCUCGGGAAGAUUUAUAAUUGACAGCAGUGAUGCCAUGUAUGGCGAAAAAAAGAGUUAUAUGGUUCAAAACUUGAAAGCAUUUGGAGAAGUAGACAUAAAUCUUCGAGAACUGGAUGAUACAAACCAUUUUGAUGAUUUUUGGCGAGUUAGGAUUGAAACAUUAAGUUUAGUUCUUUUAGAUGAUUCAAAUUUUCCCAUUCAAAGCAACGGCACAACAUUUGGCAAAGAGAUUCAAAUCAAAGUACAGUAUCCAACUAUAUUUACUGACAUGGGCAUAAAUGGAGAAAGAAGCAACUUUUUGGCCCUCAACUUUGCCUGCAAUUCAGACUACAUUACAUAUGGCUCGGACAUAGAGUGGACUAGUGAGUGCAAGGUGGAUGAGGAGUUUUCUCAGAAGAACUAUAAACCUGCACCUGAUGGAUUAUUUUCUUUUAAGAUUGAAAAUCCUGAACUCAUUGACAUGGAGAGAGUUAGUAAGAUAUCCGUUGGAUUUGCCGGAACAAGAAUCAGGAAUUCCUUCCAGAUUAAUUCUGGGGAAGUUAUGUAAAUUACAUGAAGGACUUGUAAUUGAUAAAUGAUUGAAUUUUCAAUAAAAUUUAAUUUUCCAAAAGGAUUUCAAAUUAGA